AUGGCUCCCCCAGAGGUUCGCUCGACAAUCGAGAGACUCGAUCGACCCAGCGCAUACUAUCACAACAAGGGCCGACGCAGACGCGACCGCGAUGACGAAAGACAGGAGGAAGCAGAGCCUCAACCCGAUCCUCUAGCCCACGCCACAACGCUCUACGUUGGCAACCUAUCCUUCUAUACGACCGAGGAGCAGGUCUAUGAGCUCUUUACAAAGUGCGGCGAGAUCAAGCGUCUGGUCAUGGGCCUGGAUCGAUUCAGCAAGACGCCGUGCGGCUUCUGCUUCGUCGAGUACUACACGCACCAGGACGCGCUCGACUGUAUGAAGUACAUUGGCGGCACCAAGCUCGACGAGCGCAUCAUCCGCACCGACCUGGACCCUGGCUUCGAGGAGGGCCGGCAGUACGGCCGCGGCAAGUCGGGUGGUCAGGUGCGUGACGAGUACCGCGAGGACUUUGACGAGGGCCGUGGCGGUGUCGGCCGCGCGCUGCAAGACGACGGGCGUGACUACGACGAGGACAAGUACAGGUAG